GAAUUGUGAUAGCUGACGGAGAGACUUAGUUUAGCUUGAGUUUACCUCCACUACUGUGGGUCAGUGCGGCUUGCGCUUUCGAGCCGCUAACAUCUUCCUAAUCUGUUGCAAUCAACUUUAUAAUUGUUAUACAUAGUUACCUUAGUCCUAGAUCAUAACUUAAGUGUCAACAGAUCUGUUGACUAUCAGAAGUAGAUUCACACGUGUCUGCCUUUGUAACUAGUUCUGCAUACACCAGGAACAAUUUUAUUUUUCUUUAUCACAAUCAUGUCAUCAAGAUAUGAUUGUUUUGCAAUGCUGAUCGUUGUAUUCCUUGGGCUUGCAUCUUUUGCUGCUGCAAUACCUGACUACUCAGGCCUUCCUCUUGGUCCAUAUUGUGGAGGAAGAUAUAAUAGAUGUUGUCCCGGAAGACGUGAUGACUGUAGUGCUCCAAUUCUAUCAACGACUUGUUACUGCGAUGAAUUUUGCAACAGAACCAGAGAAGAAGAUUGCUGCCCAGAUUAUUGGUCUUUCUGUCGAGGAAUUAUUUUACCAACACCAGAAAUAGAAGAAUUAAGACAAUGUCUUUACAAAGGAAAGUACUAUACCCACGAUCAGACAUUCAAGUUGAAUUGCAACACUUGUAAAUGUUCUUCAAUUGGACGUCGAGCGGAUGUUCUUUGUGAGAAUAAUCGAUGUUUGCUCGAAGCAGAUUUAUUAAAUGAACUCAGUAUCGAGACAGAACGAUUAGGAUGGUCUUCAGGAAAUUAUUCAGAGUUUUGGGGGAGAACACUUGAUGAUGGUAUUCGACUCAAAUUAGGAACACUCAAUCCUUUAAAAUCGCUUCAUAAUAUGAAUCCUGUGAGGAGGAUUUAUAACCCAGAAGCAUUGCCAAAAGAAUUCGACUCUCGAAAUCGUUGGCCCCGAGAUAUUUCCGGUAUAAGUGACCAAGGGUGGUGCGGAGCUUCUUGGGCAAUUUCUACUGCUGACGUAGCUUCAGACAGAUUUGCUUUGAUGAGUAAAGGAGCCGAAGCAGUCCAAUUGAGUGCUCAGCAUCUCAUUUCGUGUAACAACAGAGGCCAACAAGGAUGCAAAGGGGGAUACUUGGAUCGUGCUUGGCACUUUGUCAGAAAAUUUGGACUUGUCGAUGAAGAAUGCUAUCCUUGGACUGGAAGAAAUGAUCGAUGUAGAGUAAGAAAGAAGACAACUCUCAGACAUGCUGGAUGUAGUACUCCAAGCAAUCCAUUGAGAACUGAUUUAUAUAAAGUGGGUCCUGCUUAUCGACUUGGCAAUGAAACAGACAUCAUGCAAGAAAUUAUUACUUCUGGACCAGUACAAGCCACUAUGAGAGUCUAUCAAGACUUCUUUACGUAUCAAGGUGGAAUUUAUAAACAUUCAAGGGUCGCUGAAAGUUAUCCUAGUGGCUAUCAUUCAGUGAGAAUAUUGGGAUGGGGUGAAGAAAUACUAGGCAAUUACCAACCUGUUAAGUACUGGCUUGUAGCCAAUUCAUGGGGCAAUCACUGGGGUGAGGAUGGACUUUUUAGGAUCCUAAAAGGAACGAAUGAAUGCGAAAUUGAGUCUUUUGUCCUAGGAAUUUGGGCAAAAACAAUGUAACCAAAGUUAAACUUAAUUUAAUUAACACUAAAAUUUAAAGCUUUGGAAUAAUUGUUAAUGAAAGCAUUUAUUGAAUCUCUGCUGGCUCAGUUGAUCAGUUGCAGAGUUGAUUGAACUCUAUGAUCAUAAGAAGAGUUUGGAGAUGUGUGAUCCAGUGUUCGCUAGUAUUUUAUAUGUAUAGAGUAAUAAUUAAGAUAACAUAAUGUACAAUACAAGUCAAAUGACUAUUUGUAACCCUCACGAAAUUAUCAAGAAGACUAACAAAUAUUUCUUGAUCGAUUUCGUUUAAAAUACUGGAAGAAAACAUAAUUUUUCAGUGAAAAAAAUUUUUUGAACUAAGAGUAGAAUAUUAACCAUUUUUUGAAUGUAUAUUAUUUAUUUUAGAAUUAUUUACGCGCAAUCAACAUUCAUUAACAAAGAAAUGAUAAUAUUUUUUGAACAAAGUAGAUCAAAAUAUUUAACAGAAAGAAGAAAUACAGUAUUUAUCCAUUUUUAUAUUUAUUUAUUUUUAAUCAUAAUGAAAUUGACUAGUUGGUAUCCUUUAAAAUAUUACAUCCUCAUUUCGAAGAAUUCAUAUGAAAAAUCUUCUUUGUUAAUGAUUUGUUAAACACUUUAAAAAUUCAUCAAAAAAUUAUUUAAUACCGUCUAUCGGGCUCCGAUUUUUUUUA